CUGAUGGACAAACACAAUCUAACAAUACUGAAGGAAUUCAUCCUACAGGGAAUCACAGACCGUCCUGAGCUACAGGCUCCCCUAUUUUUGCUCUUCCUCAUUAUCUACAUGAUCUCACUGAUGGGCAACCUGGGCAUGGUCAUCCUCACCAAGGUGGACUCCAGACUGCAAACACCCAUGUACUUCUUCCUCAGACAUCUGGCAAUCACUGAUCUGGGCUACUCCACAGCAGUGGGACCUAAAAUGUUGGUAAAUUUCCUUGUGGAUAAAAAUGUAAUCUCCUAUCACUUAUGUGCUACACAGUUGUCUUUCUUUGUCAUGUUCAUUAUUAGUGAACUUUUUAUUCUGUCAGCAAUGUCCUAUGACCGUUAUGUGGCCAUCUGUAAACCUUUGCUCUACACAGUCAUCAUGUCCCAAAGGUUGUGUAUGGUGCUGGUGGUAAUUCCCUAUGUCUAUAGCACAUGUGUUUCUCUUUUGGUUACUAUAAAAAUUUUCAAUUCUUCCUUCUGUGGCUAUAACAUGGUCAGUCAUUUCUACUGUGACAGUCUCCCCUUGUUAUCCUUGCUCUGCUCAAAUGCUUAUGAAAUACAGAUGAUCAUUAUGGUUUUAUCAGCAUUUAAUUUGAUUUUUACUCUUCUUGUAGUUGUUUUAUCUUACCUACUUAUCCUCAUUGCAAUCCUCAGAAUGAACUCUGCUGAGGGUCGACGCAAAGCUUUUUCCACCUGUGGGUCCCACCUAACAGUGGUCACUGUGUUUUAUGGGACUUUGAUAUUUAUGUAUGUGAAACCAAAAUCCAGUCAUUCCUUUGACACUGAUAAAAUGGCAUCUAUAUUCUACACCCUUAUUAUCCCCAUGCUGAAUCCCUUAAUCUAUAGCUUGAGGAACAAGGAUGUAAAAUCUGCCCUGCAAAAGAUGUGGGCAAGAGUAUGCAGUGUCUUUUCUUAA